AUGCAGAUCUCAGGAUACCUGGCUUGUAAGUCUGACAGUGUCAGCAGCUUAUUGGCAUAUCCGACAGUGAAGGAGGCAUUUCGCAAAAGUAACUCCACGUUACCAAGUUCAUCUGCCGUCGAAAGAUUAUUCAGUGUUGCUUCACAAGUUUUGAGUGCAAGACGGUGUCGGAUGUCUGAUGAAACUUUAGACAAGCUUGUGUUUCUUCAGUCUAGGAUGAAAUAA